AUGGCGCCCAUUAAGCAUUUCCUUAUAGCCGGUGUCCUCCUCGGCCAGAAAUGCCCCCCCCUCCUCCUGCGGAACAAUGCCAUUGUCAUGGCCCAACCAGAGAUCACCUCCCUGUGGUGGCCGGAAGAGCGCAUCAAGGCCACUUUGGACACCAAGUUCAUCGUUGAUCGGAUCCGGCCGGAAAAUGUGUCCCGGCUGUUCGAUCUCCCCAAAUGGGGCGAGGGGUUGACGAGCGAAACCUACAUGGAAUGGAUUCUCCUCAAGGCGGGCCGGCUCUUCCUCAUCCUCGAUUCCCUGGGAAUCCCCGAUCGAAUCUUCGCCCUCGUCGACGAGUCGUGUGACGAUGACGACUUGCCUAUCGCAGAGCAGAAUGUCGACCGCCUACCAUUGUCCCCUGAUGGAAACGACCCCGCACUGGACUCCAAGUUCUUCCACGCACAAUGGCGCUUCUGCGUACGUGGCAUUGGGGAAGGCGAACAUGUCAUCUACUCGAGCAACGAGGGCGUCCCGGUCGAGGUGUAUCGCACCUUGACCCACAACGACCUGCAGGGUCGUGAUGAUACCGCAGACAAGGUCAUUCUUGCUGGGCCGACCUGCCGCGUGUUCCUGCGCACGCAGGUCCAGGUUGGGGGUGCACCGCAUUUCUUUUCGGCCGACGAGGUGCUUGCGGAGAUUCGAGCCCUGCGCAAGCUGGCGCAUCCGCAUCUGAUCUCGCUCUAUGCAUCAUACUUCACCGACAAUACCGUCUGUGCGCUCUUCACUGGCGCCGAGACAGCGCGCACUCUACAUACCUUUGUGACGGACGAGCCUCUAUCCUUCAAACGUCUCCCGAAGGAAGAGCGCCGCCAGACCCUGAUUAGGUGGCCACACUGUCUAAGCUCUGCGCUAGCUUGGCUACAUGCGCAAGGCUGUCCACACGGCGCAAUCCGGCCAUCUAACAUUCUGAUAGACGUCAACCACCAAGUCUGUCUCGGUCAAUUCCAAGCUCUCGACUCGCUCUUAGCUCCACCCCGAGUGAACGACCUUGAGGCAUACCAAUACUCAGCUCCAGAACGCUGGGUUCGUGCAACACCCGUAGUCCAACCCACCACCACCGCUCCAGCACGUACCAUGCUUCCAUCCGGCGGCCGUACCGCACACCGCAGAAAACCAGCCAAACUGGCUCUCGCAACCCUAGACGGAAGCCCUCCUUCUUCACCGGACAACUUCGCCCCUCCACGCCCCGACUCCGCCGCCUCGAAGGGCACAGUCAUCCGCAUCGGUCUCCCAGGCUCCCCGACCCGCUUCUCCUGGGCCUUCUCCUCCUCCUCAUCCUCCUCCGCUGCCUCCAUUUCGGGCCCCGGCGAGAGGACCUCCCAAGCGCCAAAAUCUCGCAGCAUCUGGUCCAAGAUGCCGCGCGGCCUCAUCCCAGCUCCGUCAAUCACCUCCGCCUCGACGUCCUCCUCUUCGUCCUCCUGCUACUCCUCGUCAAUAACGUCACCCACCUUCCCACCCCCACCUUCCCCUUCAACCUCGACCCCGACCCCGACCUCGACCUCGACCUCGACCUCAGCCCCGACCCACACAACCUACCAACCAGCCUCCAGCCCCGCCCCCUCAGACCUCUUCUCCCUCGCAGCCGUCAUCCUCGACAUCCUCACCCACCUCUGCAAACGCUCGCACUCCUCCUUCACCUCCCACCGCUCCGCCCGCAACCGCUCUGCCGGCCGCGGCGGCGGCAUGGCCGACGCCUCCUUCCACCUCGCCCGGAACGCCGUGCAGGUGCAAUCCUGGAUCGCGCUGCUGGAAGGCGACGCGCUGAAACGCUGCCGGCGCGACCGCGACAGCGACCGCGCGUUCUAUGCCGAGCCGGAGAAACGGCCCAGCGCGCGGCGGGUGCAGAAGUCGUUCGCUGCCGCGCUGGGGAAGGUCCCGGCCCCUCGGGCAGGGGACGGGGCUGCGGGGAUUCCGUUGCAUUGUGCUUUGCCGCAGAAGGAGAAGGAGGCGGUGAAGGAGAGGAGGGAGCAGAGGGAGCAGAGGGCUUUGAAGAGUAGAGGUAGGAGGAAUGAAACGUUGGACACGGAGCGGGGAGCGACAGCGACGCCGGAGGGUCACGUUGGUGGUUCUUCGGAGUCGAUGUCGGAGUUCGAGUUUGGGUUCUCAGAUGGGCGCAGUGAUAGCGGGACGAAUUUUGAUGAUCAGAUCGGGGACAGCUCCGGACUUGAGGAGGAGGAUGUCGAUCUUGAUGGGAUUGUGGAGAUCGAUCGCCUGUCGCCGCAAUUGUCGCUUCCUGAUCUUGAUGUUCACAUUAGUGGGAUUGAGGCCCUCGCGGUCCAUGAUAAGUAG